UCGCAACCGAGGCUAGUCUAGAGAAACUGUCAAAUUUCCACGUCAAGAUAGUUGCUGUGGAUAAGAUUUUCUUAUUUGCAUACAAAAUCUGAAUUAUAAAAUGGUUUAGUAUUUCACUUGCGCAAAUUGUUUUCCUAGAAUGGUUGGGAGAGUUUCGCUGAAUCCAAAGGUUGAACUAUGUUGUCAGAAUGUAUUUAUCAUAUUCAAAAACUCAACACAGCCAAAUUCUACGCAGUGGAAGAGAACAAAAAAGAUGAUGAGAAAGAUGGUUUUCCCAAGUGUUGUCAUCCUUGUUGUUGUAUUUAUCUUAUUUGUUCUAUGGAUUACAAGCAGAGACCCCAACAAAGAUGUUAUUCAUCGUUAUGAAAAAUCAAUUAACAUGCAUACAGACAAAACAGCAUUUCACUAUGGGAUAGUUAUUGACUGUGGUAGCAGUGGAUCAAGAGUAUUCAUCUACUACUGGCCACCACAUAGUGGCAAUCCUCAUGAACUUCUUAAAUUGCAUCAAAUGAUGGAUCAUGACAAUCAUCCAGUCAGAAUGAAAAUCAAACCAGGUAUUUCUUCCCUGGCUAAUAGACCUUGGAAUGCAACCGAUUACCUUAGGCCACUAUUAGACUAUGCAGCGUCACAUGUACCCAAAACAAGACACAGGGAGACACCGCUUUUUAUUCUGGCAACUGCCGGCAUGAGACUUCUGACUAAGGUGAACCAAAAUGCAAUUCUUGAAGACCUAAGGGUGAAUAUACCGAAAAGAUAUAGCUUUCAUUUAUCGCCUUCGCAGGUCGAAGUUAUCUCUGGCAAACAAGAAGGCAUCUACCUCUGGAUAGCCAUCAAUUACAUUCUUGGUCGCUUUGACCACUCUCGUGAUCUCCACUCCACGCCCGCCAGCACUGUGGCACCAAUUCACAGAAAAAGGACUGUCGGAUGCAUAGAAAUGGGUGGUGCAUCCAUGCAAAUUGCUUAUGAGGUCGCUCAAAAUGUCUCUCUUCCACAAGAUCUCAGUGUCGAUAUCAAUCUUGGAUGCGAUUCUCACAACACCAUUCAUCGAUACAAAAUUUACGUGACGACUUUCCUCGGUGUCGGUACAGUUGUUGCACGACAGAAGUAUUUGGAAAUUUUGCUAAAAAGAAAUUCACACUCACUGAACAAAGGCUCCCGCAUUGUUGAUCCUUGCCUCCCAAAAGACUUCACUGACGAAGGGGCCUAUAAACAUCGACGGUACAACUUAAAAGGAACAGGUCGAUUUCGCGAGUGCCAGCGUGACCUUCUUCAAUUACUUAAUACGACUGCAACUUGUAAAAGAAAACCUUGUUCAUUAAAUGGCAAGCACCAGCCUUCAAUUGAUUUUAAAAAUUCAGAGUUUUAUGGAUUCGCAGAAUUUUGGUAUUCAACCCAAGAUGUGCUGCGAAUGGGGGCUUCCUAUGAAGGUGAUAAGAUGGAUCAGAUGGCUGUGGAUUUUUGUUCCCGUACAUGGGCAAUAAAUAAAAAAUAUUACGAUCUUGGGUUGUUUCCAAAAGCUGACAGUAACAGACUUCGAUCUCAGUGUUUUAAAUCUGCUUGGAUGACGACCGUGUUGCAUUAUGGACUGAAAUUUCCGCGAGGUUAUCGAGGACUAACAUCGGCAUUGAUGGUUAAUGGAAAAGAAAUUCAGUGGACACUUGGAGCAAUGUUGUAUAGGACGCGAUUCAUGCCGCUCAGGGACAUACAACAGCAACAUACAAACUCAUACAGGACAAUGGAUGCGUUUGGUUUAUGGCUGACAUUCGACCACAGAAUGUUUUCAGCAAUUCUGUUCUUGUGUUGUUUCGUAGUAUGCACAGCUGUUUUUAUUUAUUGUAGAAAAAUUAGAAAAACGACGUUUUAUACGAGUAGCAAACAAUACACAAGCGAAGCUAUUGUGAAUUACCCUCAAGAUAUCCGUGUCAAAGUGUAGAUUUUAAUAGAAUUCUUGGUAUUUAUUAUUAUCUUCAAAAGUGUCUUUUCA